UCACCUGUAAGCUCCCAGACCUGACAUCAUGGUGCAUUUUAGUGCUGAGGAGAAGACUGCUAUUACUAGCCUGUGGGGCAAAGUGAAUGUGGAAGAGGCUGGAGGCGAGGCCCUGGGCAGGCUCCUGGUCGUUUACCCCUGGACCCAGAGGUUCUUUGACAACUUCGGCAACCUGUCCUCUGCUUCUGCCAUCCUGGGUAACCCCAAGGUCAAGGCCCAUGGCAAGAAGGUGCUGACUUCCUUUGGAGAUGCUAUUAAGAACAUGGACAAUCUCAAGGGCGUCUUUGCUAAGCUGAGUGAGCUGCACUGUGACAAGCUGCACGUGGAUCCCGAGAACUUCAGGCUCCUGGGCAACGUAUUGGUGAUCAUUCUGGCUUCUCAUUUUGGCAAAGAAUUCACCCCCGGUGUACAGGCUGCUUGGCAGAAGCUGGUGGCUGGUGUUGCCACUGCUCUGGCCCACAAGUACCACUGAGUCCUCUUUCCAGUUCAGCAGUACCCUUCUGUGUCCCCAGUGUCCUCCUUCUGCAUAUGGGGAUUUGGG